UACUUUCAAAUGUCAUUGCCCAGUUCUCCAGCAGGGGGCAGAAACUACUGCGUGGAAGCACACGUCAGUCGUUGCCAUGGUAAACCAACACACGCGUGCAGAGGGGAAAGCUUAGCGUUAUGGAAAUUUAAAUAAUGGCUUCUGCAGCCCCCAACAAACUUGCAGAGUCCCUACAUGCGAAUUUCAAUACAGCGGAUUACCGCAAGUGGGAGCGCCAGGACAGGAAAGAUAAAGCGGUGAAGAAACACACAGGGCAGAAGUCCUCUCUCCCCCCAGUACAGCAGCACGGCUCCACACCUCUUUCUGCCGACACCGUCUCUACAGCGACUGCCUCCGUAUCGGGUAAAUCCAGUCCCACAACAACCAGAACACGUGUCGGGUCACCUUUGUGUAAGAAAAAGAAGAAAAAAACUGUUAGGAGCGACCCCAGUGGUCUUCACACAGAGGAGAGCUACGGAGUGCUCCAGGUGCGGAUUAAGUCAAAGAAGCAAGCGAUUGCAGAGUAUGAGGCCCACUGUGCAGCGCUGCAGGAAGCCAACAUGAGGCUGGCGGGGGAGUUAGACACCAAGGAUGGGAAUGCUGUGGUAAAUGCCAGAGAGUUCCUGGUUCAGCAUGAAAGACUUGGGAGCUACAUUUCAGCUUUCAGUGAGUGGAGUAGCAGACAGAUUAAGGAAAAAAGAGCUGACCUUGAGGAUAAAGAGAGCAUGGCACAGAAAGAUUGUGAUGUGCUUGCAGAGCAACUGAAAGGAAUGAUGUCUAAAGUGAGGACAGCCCAUGGAGAUCUCUACACUCUGAAGACCUACAAGGACAAGAAGUAUCCUGUGAAAUCCCUGAGGAUCGCGGAGAUACAGCAAGAAAUAAAUAAACUAAAGGAGACCCAUGAGGAUGAAAAGGAAGACAUCGAAAUGCUGGCGCAGAGUGAAAGGGACAAGCUAGAGAAACUGAUCAAGAACAAAAGCGAUUGUAUUUUGUCAGGGAUUGCAGAGGAUAAGAUGAGUUAUGUUCCGGCUGCUAUUAAAGAGAUGGCCUUUCACAAUACCGUGAUGAAGAAAGAAAUUGAAAUUCACAGACGAGUGGCCAAAGAACUGGAAGAAAAAAAUCUUGAACUGGAAGAAAAUAUUACGCACCUCCUGCAAAACAGAAAAGACGUCAGGAUGGAAAUUUUCAAUAUACUGCCAAAAUCAAAAUGUACUCCAGAUAUGGAUGUGAUCCUUAAUCUCCCGAGAGAGGAGUGGCUUCCGAUCUAGCUGCGCAGUGAAGAGGAGGUGUCUGUAGACAGUUGUCUGUAUAUUUCAGGGUAAACACCAGACUGUAAAAUGGUGUAUAUACUGUAACAUUAUCUUUUUCUCACUGUACUGUAGAACUCAGAUUCAGUUCAGACAUCAGCCAAUUAAAUAUAUCAAACAGAACUUCAUAUAAAAAAACAAAAAAAACAAAACCAACAGCAGCUGC